UGUUAAAUAUUGAAGUGCUUAUUAAGCGACUUAUUUAAAAUGGCUUUGCUCUUACGUCGCAAUUCGCUUCAAGUGCGUCUGCUGCAACGUCUGGGAGCGACAACGUCGACGUUGACUGAAAUCACGCGCCUUGUCUCGACCAAUAAUGAUAACAACAAUGUAACUGCAACAACAAAGUCGUCGCCGACAGCAACAACAACAGCUGGCAAUAAAUUGCAGUCAAAGCGUAUUAAUCUGGCUGCAGUCGCCGACGCUGAUAUCAAGAAAUCUGUAUUCAUAUCGCAAUCGCAUGACAUCUUUACCAAUCUGGCCCUGGAGGAUUGGCUCUAUAAGAACUUUGACUUUGGCAAUCAUCAUGUAUUGCUGCUGUGGGCCAACGAUCCGUGCGUUGUCAUUGGCCGUCAUCAGAAUCCCUUCACCGAAGCCAAUGUCUCCAAGCUGGUGGAGCGCGGCAUUACGUUGGCCCGUCGGAAUAGCGGUGGUGGCGCCGUCUAUCAUGAUCGCGGCAAUCUCAAUUGCACCUUCUUCACGCCCCGCGAGCGCUACAAUCGUAAAUACAAUCUGAAUAUUGUGACGAGGGCCCUGUUCCGUGAAUGGGCCAUCAAGACGGAGAUCAACGAUCGCGAUGAUAUUGUUAUUAAAAAUAAAAAGAUUUCGGGCACAGCCGCCAAACUAGGACGACCCAAUGCAUACCAUCACUGCACCAUUUUGGCCAGUGCCAAUAAACUGCAUCUGGGCGAAUCUUUGGUCAAGGAGCCGGCCAACUAUAUAAGCCGUGCCACCGCCUCGGUGCCAUCGCCCAUCCGCAACCUGGUCGAUGUGAAUCGCAGUGUGAAUGUUCCACAGUUGCUCUCCGCCGUUGGGUAUGAGUAUCUACGCACUGCGGCGAUGGCUUUGGAGGAUGGUGGCAGCGUUCAAACGAUGAAGCAACGUGGCUUCCAAUUGAUAAAUCCCACAGAGAAAUGGUUCCCGGGGAUCGAGGAACUGCGCAGCAACUACAGCUCCUGGGAUUGGGUUAUUGGCAAGACGCCGAAAUUUACGGUCGAAAAGGAUUUGGAGCUAAAGGACGACGACCGCGGCAUGAAGCUCAAACUGAGCGUCGAUGUGGAAGCCGGUCUGAUGGCCAAAAUAGGCAUACAGCUGCCGCAGAGCGAUCAGCUGGUGCCGGUGGUAACUCCGCUCCAGGGUCAGGCCUAUAACGAGCAAAAUCUGAAUGGCAUUAUUGACGCCCUCAAGAUGGUCUCCACCUCGAAUGUUCAGCAGGCGAUGAACGGUUCCAUUUGAGUUUUGUUUUGCUAACGGAUGCCACACAUACACAUACACAUACACACAUAUGUAGUUGCUGCAGUGCCUCUGAUUUAGCCAUAUAUAGCCAUUAUAUAUAUACUACCAUAUUCUAUAUACCUGAACUAAUAUAUAGCAUAUAAGAGCAUUAAUAUUUUCUAUAUUUUAUAUCAAGCGAUUUGCAAUAAAUACCGUUACAU